AUGACAAAAGAAAAAGGUGAAUUAAAUAAUUCAUGUUAUGAAGAAAAAGAAAAUAAAAUAGUUUCAGACGAACAUUAUACAUUUGAAUUGAUAAGUGAAAGAGAAACAAAAAAACCAAGUGUAAAAAAUAGCACCUUAGGAAAUUAUAAACAUAAUAAAAUAGAAUCAUUUAAUAAUACUUAUUUCAUUUGUUCUAAUUUGAAUAUGAUGGAUUCUUUAAAAGAAACACAUGAUAAAAAGGAUAUAAGUACAUUUGACAAGAUGUUAUCAAAACAUGGAAGGACUGAAUUUUCUCCCACUUAUACACAUAAAAAUAGUAAAAGGAAAUAUGAUCAAGAAAAGCGUACUUAUUCAUUUUUUCAAAAGCAUCGAAGCAGUUACAAAGAAAGGAACAACAGUAAAAAUUUUAAUAACGUGGAAGAGGAUAAUAUGAACAGGGAUUAUAAUGAGGAUGGUCAUAUAGUGAAAAAGAAUGAAGAAAGGGAUGUCAUUUAUGACACGAUGAAUAAUAAUAGUGAUAUUAAUAAUGGUUAUAAUAAUAAUGACAACAACAACAACAACAACAACAAUAAUAAUAAUAAUAAUAAUAACAAUAGUUCUAGUAAUAAUGAUAUUAUAGAGCCUUUCAGAAGAAACGAACUAAAUAAAAAUGCGUACAAUAAUAAUAACAAAAAUUAUAUAAUUAACACAUAUAAUAAUAUGGAGUCAAAGCAUCAUAUAAUGUUUAAAAGUAAAUCAUUUAACAGAAAUAUUCCUUAUGAGAAAAAGGAAGGUAUGAAGAUAUUCAGAUCUAGCACUAAUCAAGAUAUUUUAGAAAAUGAUUAUGGAAAUUCUUUUUUGAAAACAGGAUCCAAUUAUCCUUCAAAAUUAAGAGAAAAAGGAAUGGAUAUUAAUCAUUACAAUACAAUUAGAGAAUCAAAUUAUGAUUUUAAGAGUGCUUUGAAUGUACAAUUUUGUAAAACGAAAAUGUGUCCAUAUAUGAACACUAAAGAAAAAUGUAAAAGAUUUUCAAAUAAUAUGUGUCCAUAUGCGCAUGAUAAAAGUGAGCUGAAACCUAUACCGAAUUUAUAUAAAACGGCCAUGUGUCGAAAUUUUAUAAAAAAUAUGUGUUUUAAAUCAAAGAAGGAAUGUAAUUUUGCUCAUCAUGUGGAAGAACUUAGAUCGACAGAUGAGUUUUAUAAAACAACAUUAUGUAAAUUUUUCCUUAAUGGUUAUUGUAAAGCCGACAAAAAUUGUAGACAUGCACAUGGUUAUAAAGAAUUAAAGAGAAGACCAACUAAUAAUAUGAAUAUGACGUUUAUAUGUGGAUCCAAAAUGAAUCAUAAUGAUAUGGAUACUAAAAAAGUUAUCAUUGAUAAAGAAAUUAGGAAUAAUUCCCAUUCCUCCGAAAGUGUCUCUUUAAAUGAAAACAGGGGAGAGAAUUUGCCAAAAGGUGAUGAAAAUGAAUUGAUUGAUGAACUAAAAGUAUCAGGGGAAGAUGAAAACCAUUUAGAUGUAAAUAAAGAAGAUGAUAUGUUAAACAUGCGUAACACGAGUAAAAAUAACAAGAAAAGGGACGAUUAUUAUAAUAAUUCUUGUAAAUUUAUGUCUAUUAGUACAAAGGAUACUUGUUGUUUCAUAUCAAAAAAUGAUGGCGAAUCUUCAGGAGAUGAAGAAAGAUAUCGAACAAAAAGUGAAUGCUCCGAUGAUUUAAAAGAAGAAGAUGAAGAAAAAGCAGAAAAAAAAAAUCUACUUAAAUUAAAAGAGGAAGAUCACAGUGAUGAUAAAAAAUGUAUAUAUUAUAUAAAUGAUGAUGCAUUAGUAAAAAAUGAAAUAGAAUUAAGGGGAGAAGAUGGAAAAUAUGCGAACAAAAAUUAUCAAGCAAAUAUAAGUGAAGAAAAAGAAAAAAUAGAACGUUUUAAGGAAGAAGAAAAGGAUACUCAUAUUAACAUGGAAUAUAGAUGUGAUAGUAUUGCAGAUGAUGAAUCUAAUGAAAAUAUGCAAAGUGAAAAGUUUAUUAGAAAUACCAGUUUAUCUUUGGAUGGUGUAGAAUUAGAUGAUGAAAAAAAUGAGAAUAAUGAAAAUAAUGAUUAUAAUGUAUGUGAAAAUAAUAACAAAAUGAGAGAAAAUGUAUUAUGCAAUAAUAAUUCUAAUGAAGAUAUUAUGAAUUUACAAGAGGAAAAUUUUGAAGUGGUUAGUGGUAACGGAGAUGUUAAAUCGUAUGUAACAUAUAAUCAUAAAAUGAAUCAUAUUACAAAAUACCAUAGAAAUGUUGAUUAUGAUAGAAAAUAUAUUAAUAACGAAGGGUUAUAUAAAAGUUCUUUUUAUUACAUUAAAUUAAAUGAAAACAGUCGGUACAAUUAUAAUAAUCAUGAUGAUAAUGAAUAUGAUAAUAAUUUUCGUGGAAAGGAUAAUAAUCAUUUAUAUAAUAAUCAAAAGAAGAAAAAUUAUAAUAAUGAAUAUAACAAGAACGUUUAUAAAAAUAGGAAAGUUUUCAACAUGAAAAUUGAUAAUAUUAGACAAAAGGAUGAGGAAAACUGUAUGAUAAAUGACAAUGAUUUUAAUAAUAAGAAUGGAAAUUUUUUGGAUAUAAAUAAGGGUAUGAGUAAGGGGUCUAUGUUAUAUUGUCCUAUAAAAUAUCAUAAUAAUAAUAAUAAUAAUAAUAAUAAUAGUAAUAGUAAUGAUAAUAAUAAUAAUAAUAAGAAGAACAAUUCGGAUAAGGUUAAAAGGUAUUUAUCAAACAAUGAAUAUAUCUCAAACAUCAACGAUAACAACAAUAGUAAACAUAUUGUUAAUUUAAACAAUUAUAACAAUAUUGGAAUGAACCACCAUGUAUAUAAUAAUAUAAAUGAAAUGAAUAAUUAUAAUUAUUAUACGAAUUAUCAUUGUUAUAAUAACAUAAAUGAUAGCACAAAUAGGUACAUGAAUAAUAACAAUAGUAAUAAUAAUAAUAAUAAUUAUAACAAUACUUAUUAUUGCUAUUAUAAGAAUAUGAAACAUGGUAGUAAUUAUGAAGGUACUAUAUCUACUGCAACUACUAUUAAUAACAACCAUUAUAAUAAUAAUUAUAUAUAUGAGCAUUCUUUAUCUGAUAUAUCCAAUAUAAUGGUAAUACCAUAUAGAAAUUAUCAAAGAGAUAAAAAAGAUUUUUCCGAGCAUAGUACAUUUUUUGGAAAGCGUAACAAUAGCCACAUGACUUUUAACAAUGAUAUAAAGGAUAUGCAAGAUGAUAAUAUGGUGAAUGAUGUUAGUAUAAAUAGGAAGGCACAUAAUAUAAAUGUUCAGAAAUGGAUACAUGGUAUACACAGCAACAAGUUCAACGAUACACAUAAUAAUAAUAAUAAUAAUAAUAAUAAUAAUAAUUAUAAUUAUAAUGGUAAUAUUAAAAACAACACAUUCGAUAACCAUGGAGAGAUUGAUUAUGAUCACAACAGUGAUGACGAUUGUAAUUGUUACGAAGAACAUAAUUAUUUAUAUGACAAUAUCCACAAUAACAUAAAAAGUGGAAAUACACUUAGCGAAAACUUAAAUUUACGCAAAACUUGUUCUUAUGAUGGAGAAUUUUUUAAUGAUAAUUUUUCUCAUCGAACAUGUAGUUACGAGAGAAAUAAUAAAGACAGUGAUGAUAUCGAAGGGAACGAAGAUGAAAAGGAAAGGGACUAUAAUGAAACAUAUUUUAAAUAUAAUAAUGAAAAAUAUAAAUCCAAAUAUAAUUUGAAAGAGAAAGAUAUAUAUGUAUCUAAUAGUAAAUACAUUAAUAGUGAGAAAAAUAAACAUUAUGAUAUGUAUUCACAUAGUAAGAGGUCAAGAGGAAUUUGUACUAAUUUACGAAAUGAUAACGUAACAAGGGAUAUAUAUAGAGAAGAAGAAUGUAAUAUAUGGAACGACGAUUUACAUGCUCAUUCAAUUAAAAAGUUGAAAGAUUUAAACAGAAAAGAAAAUGAAUAUAAUGUGGAUGAUUAUUAUAAUUGUGAAAAAGAAGAAAUGGAAGAAAUGGAAGAAAUGGAAGAAAUGGAAGAAAUAGAAGAAAUAGAAGAAAGAGAAGAUGAAAAGGGUAAAGAAAAUGGAAAGGAGAGGAAUGAUAAGAAUAUAAAUUUUCAUAUUAAUCAAAUUAAUGAACAAGCUGAUGAAGGUCAUUUAAUAUAUCACUAUAUUCCUAGUAUACACAAAGUAAAUACACAUAACAUUAAUCAUUAUCCUACAUAUGACAAAAUCAUGGAACAUUAUAAUAAUAAAUAUAAUUGGUUAUAUCAUCGAACAGCUCUUUUUGAACCCAUGGAUAUAUCAUAUGCAGAAAGAAGACAUGUCAUGGAACCUAUAUUAACAUAUGAAAAGGAAAAGAUGGGAAAUAUUUUAUUUUCAAAUAAUAAUAGUUCCAUUUAUUUUGUAGGCAACGAAAAAAAUAUGAUGUAUGACAAUAUUCAUAAUAAAAUAAAUGAAGACGAACAUGAAACAAGUAAUGAUGAUUUCUUUAACAAGGAAUUACAAACAUGUGUUUCAUGUUAUCAAUAUAUUAAAGAGAAAGUACCCUCAAAUAAAAUAUUUAUUGAAUCCACUUGUUUAAACUGUGGGCAAUUUAUAAAAAAAUCCUUAUGUUUAAUAUUAAUUGAAUUAUUAAAACCUCAAGUCCAAAAUAUUUUAUCGGAUGUUAGUUUUUAUGAACAAUGUUAUAAUGAUUGA